CUUACCUCCAUCCGUACAAGUUUACCUAUGAUGAGAGAUUCGUCACGUACAAUCUUCGUCCUUUGUCCUUCGCACCCUCCUCAACCCUUCACAAGUGCUCCAUCUCCACCUGCCACUCCUCGAGAUCUAACAGAUUCAAAUUUCCCUCGUUUCACAUUUCGGUCGGCUCCACCUUUGCCUUAAGAAUUUCAAGCUUCACGCCGCUCCGGCCAGCGCGGGACCGAAUUGUGUUGACAUGAGCCCUUCGUCUCCGUCUGCAAAGCUCUAUUUCGGCUACGGCUCCAACUUGUGGAUCGAGCAGAUGCACUCUCGUUGUCCGAACAGCCACUUCGUCGGCCUUGGCCGCCUUCCCGGCUUCAAGUGGAUCAUCAACGAACGCGGCUAUGCCAACGUAGUUGAGCUCGCGCCGGCCGCCGCGGCGGAUAACGAAGUUUGGGGCCUCAUAUACUACCUGAGCCCCUUGGACGAGGCUCGUCUAGACAGGAACGAGGGUGUUCCCUACGCGUACACCAAGGAGAUGCUGCCCAUCGAAUUUUGGCCUCACCAACUCGCUGACCUGGACGAGAGAAUAGACGUCACCAGGGCCCCUUCUGUGAGGAAAGAAUCGCUGGUCUACAUUGAUCGCAAGCGAGUGACAGAGUCGGCGCCGAAGGACGAGUACAUUGUGCGGAUGAACAAGGGCAUUGCCGACGCCUCGGCGUUGGGUAUGCCAAAUGCGUACGUGGAAAGGGUGAUGAGGCACUUCAUACCCGCAGGUCGCGAGAUGGAUUCCUUGACCUUGAGGAAAGCGCAACGGCAAGCCAUAGAGUUUGUAGACGAGAACUUGGAGUGAAACCGACAUCAGCAUUCGGGGAUACUCGUUACGCCUGUCCCCGGCUCACCUGUUGCGACCAUAUAUCGUUUACUACCGUAGAUGUUGUCGAUUACAAUAGAGUCUAUGUACUGUCCUUUGAGAACAGAAAAGGACGCCUCCGGCCUUUUAGCCAGAUAUAAUUCAUUUAGUUCGUCUGUGAGGGGGCUCAGCUUGCCCCAGCAGAACCGUCGCUGCGUUUGUAUAUCCGUCUUCGACAGCGCACGACAAACAC